AAUUUACACAGCACUCACAGAGUCGCCGCACCAAAGUUUUUGUUUUUUUUUACCCUUUUGAACUGCUUUUACCUGGCCGUAUCUGACGCCGCCUGGUUACCAUUUUUACGUUUGCUUAUGGAACUCCUCGCCGGCAGCUGUCGGAAACGUCUCGGGGACGACUUUGCCGAGGAUGCUGACCCGUUCGGUGGCUCCGAUUGGGCGUACGGAGGACGUUCGAUGAGAACUCAAGGAGGAAACGACGACGCUUUGGCUGCGCUCGCGGACUUGGCGCCGCCGCCUCAGAAACUGAAACCCAUCAGGUGUGUUGUUAACAAGUCUCCUUUGGUGGCGGAGGAUCGGCAUCCUCUCGAUAUUCUCGCCGGAAGUCUUGAUAGGCUUCCCGAGAUGGGGUUUCUUGAAGAGGGAUGUUUCGAUGCUCCUUCGGGGUCCAAGAUUGCUGACGUGGAGGGAAGUGGUCAGUUGAUGAGGCGUGGGGUUGGGAAGGGUGGGCUCGAAAGGGAGGUGGUUCAAGGUCGAGUCUUGGGACAUGGUACAUCUCGUGAUGGUGUGUCUCUGAGUUCAUCUGUUAACAGUGACAGCGAGGAAGACUCUUCCCAGGGCGUUGGCAAGGCCGUCACGGGCAAAAGAAAGCGGCAAACGAGGGAAAAGCUGGAGCAUUUCAUGGAGAAGCUGGUGGGGACUAUGAUGAAACGGCAAGAGCAGAUGCAUAACCAACUCAUCAACGUGAUGGAGAAGAUUGAGCGAGAGAGAGUGAGAAGCGAGGAAGCUUGGAGGCAACAGGAAAUGGAGAGGAUGAAACAGAACGAGGAGGCACGGAGGCAAGAGAUGUCACGCAGCUCGUCUCUCAUCUCUUUCAUCAAAAGUGUAAUCGGCGAAGAGAUCAAGAUCGCUCAGCCGCUCCAGACCAUUUCCAACAACCGAUGUGAAUGGGAUCAGACACAGGGAGAGGUAACGCUUGUGUUUCCAAGCGGAAGAAGGUGGCCGCAAGAGGAAGUGCAGGCGUUGAUAGCUAGCAGAAGCGAAGUGGAGGAGAAGACAGGGGUGCACAAGGGAGCGAUAUGGGAUGAGAUAUCAGCAAGAAUGAAGGGAAAAGGGUACGAAAGAUCUGCUAAGAAGUGUAAGGAGAAGUGGGAGAACAUGAACAAGUACUACAAGAGAGUGAUGGAAAGUAGCAAGAAACAGCCUGAGCACACCAAGACUCGCUCUUACUUUGAGAAACUUGGAAACUUUUACAAGAGCAAUUCAGUGACUGCAGAACACUCGGGAAAGAAGGAACAAUGAGUGUGCGAGUGAACGGUUGAAAUUAGUUUUUUUUUUUUGUUUUGUCACGGAAGCUUGUAGAUGAUUUCUCGAGUUUUUUUUGAAAUUUUGGUGUAGUUAAAACCUACGAGUUUGUACUUUGUAUUGUGUUGAGUUUAGAAGGCUCGAAAUAAAGACAAAAAAAAAACGUUGAGUGA